AUGAUUUCAGAUUCAGCAUCAACUCCGCCUCUUUCCCGCUCCUCGAGUACAACAACAACAAGCGCACCCGGCUCCCUCUCCCGCCGCCGGACGAUGUCGAACCCACUGUCACUCUCCCUCUCCCUCGAUCUAUCCUCAAUCCCGGCAUAUAUCCCACCCUCUGCUCCCACGAAUACGCUCCUCCUCACUAACCUCGCACCCGAAGUCUUCGAUUCCGCACACUUGACGGCGUUACGGAGUUUAGUCGAGGAAUUGGCUGCUGCAGACGGGAAACUGGAGACCUGGGCCCCCAUCCGCAGCUUCCGUCGAAUCGUCGUCGUCUUCUCCGGCGAAUCCGAAGUAGCCGGACAAGAAGGCGUCGAAGCUGCGGCUAAGGUGCGCGGGGUGUUGGACGGGGACGUCGUCGGCGGUGAACGCAUCCGAGUCUACUACGGCGAACACACACCCUUCACCCACCACCAUUCAUCCUCCUCCCCAUCAUCACACAAAGACGAACUCGAAGUUCCCGGGCGCGACAAACAAUUCUUGAUUAGUCCACCGCCGAGUCCGCCGGUAGGGUGGACGUCUAGGGAGGAGGAUGCGCCGAAUAGGGAUGUGCACCAUGAUAGCCAUGCUGGUGAUCUCUUGGCUGCGCUGGCGAGGUUUAAGUCUUCGGCGUCUGCGAACUCGUUUGCCGACGACGAAGGCGACACCAAGACCGUGGGAUUGGGAUUGGGACUCGGACUGGAGGAAGUGAAAGAGGCGCCGGUUUUGAGACUCCGCGAGCCGGAUGGUGAACAACCCGGUAUCGUCGUCGAAGACUGGGAUGGCAAAACUGCAUCUGGGUCUGCGUCCGACAAUGACGAAGGCUUCGUGUUAAGGAUUCCUACACCGGUGCCUAGCGGGAAGGGGGAGAGUGUGGAGAAGGUUAGGACGAGUCGGCCGCCGGUUGAGUUUAUGUGA